UUGCUAGAAAAUUCUUCAGUACCGUUCUGCUGGAAACUGAGCUAAGUCUUAGUUGUACACCACUGCUCUUUCCUUGCAUGGUCCUGGUGCUUCGUUAUAGAUUCGAACUAGCAGUGUUCUUUGGAAUGCGUGCGUCCAACUAAAUCCCUUUUUCCUGCGUUACAGUGAGUAUGAGUAUGAGUAUGAGUAUUUCGCCAACUGAGCUCCUCUAUGCACCGCUCAAGGACUGAGUACAUCCGCAGUGUCUACAGCGCAACGCAAAAUCGACGUAGAACAAAGAAUUAUCAGUAGUGUUUCUUGUAGGUAAAGAUUCAUGACCAGCCCCUCAACGGGAACAACCUCAAUGACGAAGGCGGAACAGGCGUCGCGUCCGCAGCAGUGCGACAUUCGACAGCCAGCGCUCACUAGUCAAGUUUCGCAGGUCCAUACGUUCAGCUUAGUGCUGGUGGUCGUAUUGGCUUGGUCCGCUAUUGCGCCCUUACCCGCCACAGCUGAGUUGACAGUGACGUGUAUCAGAAACGCACCAAGGAACUGUAGCUACAUAGGAGGAGAAGCCAAAUACGUCUGCCUAGUCCGGGGAGCACCCAACUGGGUCGCAGACAUACAUGUCAGCCCCGGACGCCUGUCCUCGUAUUCCAUACUCAACGUUCCCGGCGGACAAAACGUGCCGUUCGUUUUCGAAAACGUCAGCCUCUCAGAUAACCACCUGACACACUGUGUAACGGCCAGUACUCCCCAGUCUUCCAGGCAGGCCUGCUUCCAAGUGACAGCAUGCAUACCGAAUAUCCUGAACUGCCGGAUGAUAAACUCUACCGAUUCGGAGAACUGUACGGAUAUUGGCAUGGAUGUCAAGUACCACUGCACCGCUCGAGGUCCAGACCUGUCCCUGGCCUUGCUCAGUCCCAUCUGCGGGGGCAGUCUCAGUGUUCAGGAGGCGACCGGCGGUCAGGAUCUUUUCUUCACGUUCCGCAAACUGAGCUGGGCGGAUAACGGGAGAACGCACUGCAUUUUCGCCCGCACCGCACACGAACAGCAGCAGCAUUGCCUCAAACUGUCCGUCUGCCGUCCAAACCUUGAUGAGUGUUCCCUUGGAAUACAUAGCUGUGCUGCUGAAGCUAACUGCUCCAACACCCAGGAUUCCUUCACGUGUAUGUGUAACCCUGGAUUCACCGGCACUGGCAUGGUCUGUCAGGACCUUGAUGAGUGUUCUCUUGGUACACAUAGCUGUGCUGCUGAAGCUAACUGCUCCAACACCCAGGGUUCCUUCAUGUGUAUGUGUAACCCUGGAUUCACCGGCACUGGCAUGGCCUGUCAGGUAAGCAGCAAAUGCGACAAGAUCGUGGAUGCUGUUACACGAGGAAGUUUCGAUCUGUCUUGGGUCCAGCCAGAGUCAGGAAAUACUGGUGCUGGAGUGCGCGUGGCGACGGGAGCUGCAUCACGGGUCGACCGCUUGCUCAUUGGUGCUUCGGGAUUGGAUUUGUAG